GGAGCAGGGACCGGGAAGGGGCGGAGAGGAGAGAAGUGCCGCGCGCGCCAGAGAGACCCCGGUCGGUCCUGAGCUCGGCAGCGCACCCAGGGUGGCAGUCGCGGAGCCGAUCCGCAGCAGAGACUGCGGCCCCGCCGUGCGGCGGCACCCCUGCCCGGCCUCCCGUGCUGCGCACCGAGAGCUCGGCGCGUCCGGAUCCGCGCCCCGGGCAGCUGCGCCCUCGCCGCCGCCGCCCUCGCCGCCCUCGCCGCCCUCGCCGAGCCGAACCAGCGCGCUCGGGCUCCGCCGGGUCUCGAGCCCUCGGUCUCCUCCUCGCGGCACCGCGCGGCUCAAAACUGCGGGACUGGACGGAGCACAGGGGUCCGGACUCGCAGCCCCGGAGGAGGCGGAGCCGCCUUGUCAUGCUGCCUAAAGUGGAGACGGAAGCCCUGGGCCUGGCCCGAUCGCAUGGGGACCAGGGGCAGAUGCCGGAAAACAUGCAAGUGUCCCAGUUCAAAAUGGUGAGCUACUCCUACGACGAGGACCUGGAGGAGCUCUGCCCCGUGUGCGGGGACAGGGUGUCGGGGUACCACUACGGGCUCCUCACCUGCGAGAGCUGCAAGGGGUUUUUUAAGCGAACCGUCCAGAAUAAUAAAAGGUACACGUGCAUAGAGAACCAGAACUGCCAAAUCGACAAGACACAGAGGAAGCGCUGCCCCUACUGCCGGUUCCAAAAGUGUCUGAGUGUGGGCAUGAAGCUGGAAGCGGUGAGGGCGGACCGCAUGCGGGGAGGAAGGAACAAGUUCGGGCCGAUGUACAAGAGAGACAGGGCCCUGAAGCAGCAGAAGAAAGCCCUCAUCCGCGCCAACGGGCUGAAGCUGGAAGCCAUGUCUCAGGUGAUCCAGGCGGUGCCGCCGGAGCUGGGCAUCCCCUCCGCCCUGCAGAACGCGCACCCCGCCUCCAAGGGCCUACCUCUGAGCCACGCCGCCCUGCCCCCCACAGACUACGACCGCAGCCCCUUCGUCACCUCCCCCAUCAGCAUGGCCAUGCCCCCUCACGGCAGCCUGCAGGGCUACCAGGCCUACGGCCACUUCCCCAGCCGGGCCAUCAAGUCCGAGUACCCCGACCCCUACACCAGCUCCCCGGAGUCGCUCCUGGGCUACUCGUACGUGGACGGCUACCAGGGCAGCUCCCCGGCCGGCAUCCCGCACCUGGUCCUGGAACUGCUGAAGUGCGAGCCGGACGAGCCCCAAGUGCAGGCCAAGAUCGCGGCCUACCUGCAGCAGGAGCAGGCCGGCCGGGGCAGGCAGGACAAGCUCAGCACCUUCGGGCUCAUGUGCAAGAUGGCGGACCAGACGCUGUUCUCCAUCGUCGAGUGGGCCAGGAGCAGCAUCUUCUUCCGGGAGCUCAAGGUGGACGACCAGAUGAAGCUGCUGCAGAACUGCUGGAGCGAGCUCCUGAUCCUCGACCACGUCUACCGCCAGGUGGUCCACGGGAAGGAGGGGUGCAUCUUCCUGGUUACCGGGCAGCAAGUGGAUUACGCCAUGAUAGCGUCGCAGGCGGGGGCCACCCUGAGCAACCUCAUGAGCCACGCGCAGGAGCUGGUGGCGAAGCUGCGCUCCCUCCAGCUGGACCAGCGGGAGUUCGUGUGUCUGAAAUUCCUGGUGCUCUUCAGCUUAGACGUGAAGAACCUGGAGAACCCCCAGCUGGCGGAGGGCGUGCAGGAGCAAGUGAACGCCGCGCUGCUGGACUACACCACCUGCCACUACCCGCAGCAGCCGGAGAAGUUCGGGCAGCUGCUGCUGCGGCUGCCGGAGAUCCGGGCGCUCAGCGCGCAGGCCGAGGAGUACCUGUACUACAAGCACCUGAACGGGGACGUGCCCUACAACAACCUCCUCAUCGAGAUGCUGCACGCCAAGCGGGCCUGAGCCGCGGCACCCGCCCCCCCCAAGCUCUGCCGCCGGGCCGGGAGCAGGCCAGUGGGGGUGGGCGGGGAGGACGGGGCAGAGGAAGACACAAAAAUACUCUGAACGGCUGCUCCCGGCGACACUCGCGAGACACUUGGGUUAAAGGGGUUGCAUUGGAGGGGCGUAAUAAUCAGAUACUUCGUAGCAAAUGAGGGACGGAUCAGGGUAUGUGUACUGUAAACUGUGAACCGAAGCUCCACGUGCCCCCCACGGAGUCCACGUGAGUGGCGGCCGCCGAGGGCCACGGGCUCGCAGGCGGACACCAGCACCACACACGGGAGGGGGAACGCGGGCUGGUCGUGCCAUUGCGGGGUGUCCCCACGCGUCCCCUCGAGGAGGCCAAGGGGGGGCCGGUCCGCGCUGUCAGUGAUGCCCCUGCCGCCGGCGGUCUGAGCUGACGCAGGCCCUCCUCGGUGAGGCCAGCCCGAGACUCUGCUCGCGGCCCCGUCGGCCACCCCCCGCCGAACGGCCCCUCCCUCUCCCCCUCAAGGACCCGGCACCUUCUGUCUGGUGAUCGAUCAGUGAAAUUGAUCGUGGAGCCUCUACCAAGGACUCAGCCGCACCCACUGCAAGCUCCGCCAACUCCCAAAAAGCCUAAUUUUCAGUAUCUGUGUCUGAGACGGGCUAAGAGCUAAAAAGAACGGUCAGGCAACACAUGAGCUUGCCACGUCAAUAUGUCCUGGUUGGUCACGUGUUUGUCAUGUUUAAAAAAAAAAAGCAGGCCGAGUCCCUCUUCUGAUCCCACGCAAACAGCGUGCGUGCGUGCCACGGGAAACAACCGCACACUUGCACCCCCGAGCACCCCCGCCGAAGCGAGCUAGGCCUCGUUUCUGCUGCUGCCCCCGAAGUGCGCUCUGGCACGGCUGGGUUCCACGGGAAAAGAUCCCUGGUCCAAAGGCUUGCGAGGAUACGGCGGUCUUCGUGAGCACCCGAGUCCGUGGUUCGUUCGAGAAGGAAGCUCGCGUCCUCUUUCGCCGGGACGUCCCGUCGCCGCAGCCGUCAGAAGCCGAACACGUCCCGCAGCGCGUGGGGAGCCACGCGGACGGAGAGACGGGGAGAGCGGACCGACCGGUCGCUCGCUCGGACGGCCCCUCGCACGGGACGGGAACGGGGGUGCGACCCGUGGCUGGGAAGACGGGAGCGAGACCCAGGUCCUUCCCGGACGGGAAAGGACCGGAGCGGCCCUGACCUCCCCGCGCCAGAGACCAAAGCCGGCAGCACGGACCCCGGCGGGCGGAGGGCCGCCCAGCCCACCUGCCAGAGGCCGCACUCGCUCGGCCCUCCCGGCACGCACGGGCGCAGGUGGGGGACUCUUGCCUUAUGUCGCUCGUCCGGACGGGGGCUGAACCAACGUCUAAAAUAAAGUAUUAACACUUUAAAAGUCUCAUGAGAUAUAGUGUUUACAUUCUUUAGGUCCUGUGGGGGGGGUGGGGAGGGGACCGUGAUAGGACGAAGUAGCUCAAGCAGUAAUACACUCAACGUCACUCUUCUGAUCGGAAAUUACUUGGAACGGUGCUGAAUCAUCGUCGUGAGACACUAAAAUCAAGAACGGGAAUCGCAUUCAAGACUUUAAUUCUGUUUUGAGAUUAUCAGCGGCACAAUCACGUGUAGAAACUGUAAAAAAAGAAGAAGAAGAAGAAGUAUCUCCUAGUCCCUUAAUUUUUUCAUAAAUGUUUCUGGCUUUUGAAUAGUUUAUUUAUAUUGUAUAUCAUAGUUUCGACUGUAGACAAUUAUGAUGCUAAUUUAUUGCUCCUUGGUCUCACCUCUGUAUAGACGUAGCCAAGACCGAAGAAACCAAAUAAACGUGUGUGUGUGUGUGUGUGCGCUGCGGCAUGUCUUCAAGUCAGUGGGGCACAGUUCAGGGACGGAGAAAGGUCUUAAUGAAUUAAAAUCAUCCACUUGAUCACAUGCCUGUAAAUCUUCCUAAUUAUUUCUGUAGUUUAUUUAACGUCUGUUGUAAAUUACGUGACCGGUAGCCUCCUGUUUUCCAGCGAAUUGCGCGAGGGCGGCGUCUUUCCUGGUUUCCCCUUCCCAGCAUCGUAAGGUGUAGACCAAAGACAUUAGUUGUUGCUUCUGUGUGUGCAGGGAGGGUUACUUCGUUAUUCUGAUCCACCACCUCGACUCCUCGUCCACGUGAAGGGUGCACAUGCCCACGCGGAGUGUCCGCGGCCCCUCCCGCAGAGUCUCGGUCCCCUGGGCUCCCCUCUGGCCCACGGGACAGCGGGAAGGGGCCGGCCGGGGCCCAUGUCCAAGCGGUGAGCAGGACGGCGGCGUUGCUUCUCUCCCGUGCAGAGCCCGGGUGGCUAGAAGACACGCGCAGGGGAGACACAUCGACAGCUAGUGGAACGGUUCUGUCGGGGACGGAGGACACUCGGGAGAUCGAGGGGAAGUUGUUUGGAGGGUCUUGAACACUGCAAAAAGAAAAAGAAAAGAAAAAAAGCCUCCCCGGUGCAUAAGAAACCUAAAAAAUGUCAAAGAUGAGUAUGUUGUUAGCCGAGUGAAUCACACCGAGAGGCCCCCCUGCAGACGGCUGGCGGCCCCCCCGCCCUGGGGCUGGCAGGUACAAUGAGUCCAGUGUUCACCGUUCACCUCCGUCACCACACAGCUCCUUAGCAACCGAGUCACCAGCGCGUGGCGGGACUCCUUGGGAAGAUCAGCCCGGUGGGCGGCAGUGGGUCGGUCUGCCCGCAGGCGCUCUGCGGCGUCUGGGUCCUCGCACGCUGUCCCCCUCCUGCUGCCCGGGGCCUGAGCGCACGCCGUGUCGAGAGUGUGCCGUCGGUCACGAGCUGACGUUUGCUUACUGUACCAGUGAAAUGCACAUUGUCAUGUCUGUUCUUGCCAGGAAUUUGUCAGCCAAAUGUUUUCUUUUCCCAGUAUUUCAAUAAACAUUGAUAUGUGCAGCCUGA